AUGGGGGCUGCUGACUAUGGCCCUGUGAUUGCGUCUAGCAUUAUCGUCUCGGAACAAUGGGAUCAAUUGGGAUCCUUGCUGGCAGCGGCCAGGAUUGCGUCUGAUGCUGGUAUUGGUGGUACUACUGCAGCUGGCAGCAAUACUGCCCCAAUCUCUUCUAGCAGCAGCGGUUUAGAUUCUUUCAGCUGGAGGCUGGAAAGUAGCGGAUUUUUUUCUGUGGCCAGUAUAGCAAAGGCUCUUGCUAGGGACAAGGAUAAUGCUUGGCAGCCCGCGACGAUAGGCUUGUUGUCCGAAAUGUGGAAGGUUUUUAUCCCUCCUAAGAUUCAAUUUUUCGCAUGGAGACUAUUUAUAGCUAGGCUCCCGGUUAAGGAUCUUCUUCUAUCGAGGGGUGUCGACCUUACCUCUUCCGAUCCAAUGUGUGUGUUGUGUGGGAGUCAACCGGAAUCGUUGGCUCACUUAUUCUUUUUUUGCAAUGUCUCCAAGACGAUGUGGAGUAGGAAAUUUUUGUGGGUGGGAAUUGCUUCCGUUAUUUCGUUGGAGGUCUUCAUGGAUUUCGGAAUUUUACAAACUAAGGUGAAGUCGUUAAAGGAUAGGCGAAGACUCAACAUUAUUUGGAUAGCUACUUCGUGGAGUCUAUGGUGUAUGCGGAAUGCUAUCAUUUUCGAACAAGGCCAGUACAGUUUCGAUGUAGUGUACUACAAUGUUAUGUUUUACUCUUGGAGUUGGUUAGCUACUAAGAGUAUGUUUUCUCCUUCCUCUAGUUUCUUUGAUUGGUACAUGGCUCCGCUUGAUUACUUCAGCGAUGUUUAA